GUCUUACGCGGCCUGCCGCAAUGCUGCCCGGAUUCAUUUCUGUCGCCGCGAUGGGGGUUGUUCUUGUAUCACUGGGACUAACAGUGACGCUGGCCGAACCGGUCAAUAUGACGAUCAACGAAGACAGCCCCCUUAUCUCGUAUGAAGGAACUUGGACGGUGGGGAGAGACCCAUCGAGCAUCGGGGGGCGACAUCUGGUCACCAAUGACCCACGUGCGACUGCGACUUUCAGCUUUAAAGGCACUGCACUCUACGCCCUCUCCCCCAAGUGGCCCUACCCCGUCGGGGCAUUCAUACUUGUAGACGGCGUACGUAUAUUGUCGCUUAAUCUUCAGGACUAUACACGCAAUGGAUCCGAUAACGGGGUCGCCACUGUCCCAGCGGAUGUGGUCGGGAGGAUGGAGGAUCUCCCGGACAUUGAUCACGAAGUGCAAAUUUCGGUUGGACGGGUGCGCCCUCAGGCUUUUGCGAUCGUUGAUGCGUUCAUCAUCACGUACGACGAUAGUACUCCCGACGACACACUACCAACCAGCUCAGCGGCGAAUUCUUCCCAGCAGCAGACAUCAACCUCGCCCUUGGAACCCUCGCCCUCGCCUUCGGAGACCGCCGACGACGAGGAGAUUGUGCUACCCCCACCCGGCAAGCCCAGUCUUCCUCCUGGUAUCGCAGCAGCCAUCGGCGCCGCCUGCAGUGCCGUUGGCAUUCUGUUCAUUCUCGGACUCCUCUGGUUCACCCGUCGACGAAAGAAGGCCAAGCGAUCAACCCUUGACCCCGUCGAUCUCAACCCCCGUGACGAUUUCGUUGCAGACAGGAGUAACCAGGCAAACCCACCGAACGCACCAGGCGGCACCAUGACCUCCACUGACUGGUCAUCCGCCGUCUCCACACCCAAUUACCCCGGCUCGCCAAACUUUAAGGGCGGCUACGGGUACGCAGAUACACUGCGAUCCCAGUCCAGUCGCGAUCAUCUAGCGAACACCUCGAUGGGCUCCAAAGGGACUAUGUCUACGGGCGGUAUGGUCACACUGGCUCCUCCAGGUCACUAUCCCGAUGAAGAAGGACGCAUGACCUGGUUCAGCGAGGCGUCUUCAAGCCAAAGCCAGACAGCUCUCCUCCCCAAUCCAUACGGCCAUCCUGAUCACGCUCAAGCGACUAUGCUCGGUGUGCCCGUGACGAUGCCGCGGCAUGCCGUUGGACCACUCGCACUGGUGGGAAGCCCACCGCCCGAGUAUGAGUUGGUCGCAGGGGGCGGGAAUCCAGCUGCGGCUCAAGGGUCGACGGCGGGUGGGGCCUCCUCGUUCCCCCCAGAAAAGUCGCGGAGUGACUCUACCUCAGAUCUCCGGCCUGGUGCUGCCGCUGUAACGCAGGGAAGCUCUGCCUCAGCGGCAGAAGGAGCCAACCUCUCCCGAAGUAGAACCGCUCCGUCUAGAACAUGA